AGUGCCCUAAAUCGGCCAGGAUGGGGCGGGCGACAGACAGAUUGGUUGUAACCCGAGCGCCUGCAGGUUUGGCUGAGGCCUCAGGGAGAGUGAAUGAAAUGUGCGGGUUGAGGGUUGCGGAUUGCGGGGAAUCCGCUCGGAGCCGGUGAAAGCAAUUGAGCGGAGUAAGUUGGUGGCCAGUUCCGGCUUCUAAGGCUCGUUGUUGCCCCGAUCAGGCUGCUGCCGGAGGAGAUGCUCAGCAUCCGGACAGUUCUAGGGCCAUUGGCCGCUAUCCUUCUUACAGUACUCGGGCCGUUCGGAGCGCAUGGAUCUGGUCUAGCGGAUACAGUGAUCUGGGCAGUGAAUGCAGGAGGCGAGUCGCAUGUGGAUGUUCACGGCAUCCAUUACCGGAAGGACCCGCUGGAGGGCAGAGUGGGCAGAGCAUCCGAUUAUGGUAUGAAGCUGCCUAUUCUGCGUUCCAACCCAGAAGACCAAGUCUUGUAUCAGACUGAACGUUACAAUGAGGACAGCUUUGGGUAUGAUAUUCCCAUCAAGGAGGAAGGGGAAUAUGUCCUAGUGCUGAAGUUUGCUGAGGUGUACUUUGCCCAGUCUCAGCAGAAGGUAUUUGAUGUCCGUGUAAAUGGCCACACUGUGGUGAAGGACUUGGAUAUUUUUGAUCGGGUGGGACACAGCACAGCCCACGAUGAGAUCAUCCCCAUUAGCAUUAAGAAGGGGAAGCUAAGUGUGCAGGGGGAAGUGUCAACGUUUACAGGGAAACUCAGUGUGGAAUUUGUAAAGGGAUAUUACGACAAUCCCAAAGUUUGUGCCCUGUACAUUAUGAAGGGAACAGCUGAUGACGUCCCAAAGCUGCAGCCUCACCCAGGCCUAGAAAAGAAAGAAGAGGAAGAAGAGGAGGAAGAGGAAGAAGGUUCAACUAGCAAGAAGCAGAGCAACAAAAAUCGUGUCCAGUCAGGUCCAAGGACCCCUAACCCAUAUGCCUCUGACAACAGCAGCCUCAUGUUUCCCAUCCUGGUGGCCUUUGGAGUGUUUAUCCCCACACUCUUCUGUCUGUGUCGGCUAUAAGCAGCCUGCUGCCAGUCUGUUUCUUUUUGUUGUUUUUUUAGCUUUGGUUUUCCAAUAAUUUUUGUUUGUAAUUUAUCAAAAAUGGUCCUGUAAAUGGAGCAAGUCACUCCUUGAACUUGUCAUGGAGUACUUGAUAUAUGGACAUGGAGCUGCAGUGCUUGACAAACUCAGUAGUAGAACUGCACAGCUUUGAAGGACUGUGGAUCUAAAGAAGUUAAAGUAUAGCAUCCAUAACACAUCCAUCUGAAGAUUGAAACCUAAAAAGAAAAUAAUCAACUAAAAGCUGCUGGUCCAAGUCGUCCAUAUCACAAAGCAGGAUUGGUAUCCUGUAAACUGUCACUGCCUGAUAUCCAGGGUAUUUGUUUCUGUAUGUGCUGCAUUUCUGUUCAUUUGUUCUUCAGAUCUCUGGACUUGAAUGUUAUAAAACCUCCAGGGCUAGAAGUGACUGAUCUCCAAUCUUUCAAGUCCAAAUGCUGUUUUCUGUAGAGAGGAAUGUAUCUAGUACAACUGGAUCUUGUUGUUUUCCUAGUAAAGUUAAAGGUGAUUAGAUGGUGACAGUAAUAAAUGCCUUCUUGCUAUACUCUUAGCAGGGGAGCCUCUGCGCUGUAUUAGGGAUAUUAUUCUGGUAGCUGCUUAUUUUCUUUUAGUAUGUUGAAUUAACUGAGAGCACAUUGACAAGCUGAGUUGCCUUGUGCACCGCUUUUUAGGCUGCAGUAAGAGCACACAGCUCCAUUGUUGUAGCAUCUAGUUGUGCUUUAGUGCAGCCAGUAACAAGAAUUAAUUUCUAAUGCUAAGCAUCAUGCAGUCAUAAAGCAGAUUGUACCUAUAUUUCUUGCUGCUGGAGUAGCUUGUAAUAAAUUUGAAUUUCUUAUUUUUAGUAUAUAUUUCAAAAAUUUUGAAGAACAGAUCAAAUUCAGUGCUCUAUUUGUGGUAGGGAUUGUUUCCAGAGCCUUGAACUGAGCCCUGCAGCUCUCUGUCCAUAUGCUCUUUAUUCUCUUAUAGGUUGGAAGAAGGUUCCGCUGCUUCAUGCCCACCAACAUAUGCUAUAUGCUGCUGGCUUUCUCAUGGCUAGAACUUGUAUGGAGAGUGCACUUAUUUUUUUUUAUUUUAUCAGUGCCUUUUUGUUUACUUUGCCUUUUUUGGGUGUAUGGAGUUAGGUACUGUUUUUUUAUUGGUAAAUUAAAAGAAUGCAUCUGGUUCUUUAAGAGUAUUGAUGUAUCAAGGUCAGAAAUAGACAUUUUUAUAGCUUGGAUAUCCCUUGUGUGUGAAACCGUAUGGAGCAAUACAGAUUCAACAAGCCAUCUAAAUCUGAGCAAUAGGGAAUUUAAUAUAGGGUGAAACAAUGCUCAACAAUAUGGAUUUACUAUUUUUAGUUCUGAUGGCGGCUGGAUCCACUAGCCAGGUUUAAGCCUACGUUGCGUUGGGUGGCCUGCAGUCAUUUAACAGUGUGAUGUUAGUUUCCAUCAUCUUGAUGGAAAUCUUUUAAGAAAAUACUCAUAAUAUUAAGUCUAGACCUUGUCCUCGAGUUAUUUAAACAUGCUGCCAUGUGAUCACUUUAUCCACACUCCCCUUUGAAUGGAAUAUCUCUUGUUUCUGUAUUUUAGAGAUUCCAGGGUAGGUAGCCUGCAAAACACCUACUGGAAUUAUUCAUGCCUCCCCGCCAUGCUUAAUCUAAUUUUCUUGUUCAUCAUCUUAAACCGUUUCAACCCAUAGUGGGUAAGUAAUGUUUUAGAGUGAAAUGGUCGCUCGUUUAUCGGUACUCUUGAAACGCAGUGCUUUAAUUUCUGGUAGUUUCAGUUUUUGUUUUCUUUUCCAGUUUAACUUGAAUGUUAUUAUGGUACCUUGUACAUUGUCACAGCUACAAAUACUGAUCCUUUCCUGGCAGCCCCUGGAAACACUGCAUUUCUUUUAUAACUGAAGUGUAUGAUUUUGAUCAGAAUUUAGGUACCAGCUGAACCAAUUGUACUGUAUAUAUUGGCUUCAAAUGAUUUUUUCUUUUGAGUUAUUUUAGCUUAGUUGCUUUAUUGAAAAAGUAGGUUCUAUUCUGGACCUGUUUAAUGCACUCUCCAAAAUUGUUUUGUUGCCUUUUUAAAUUUCCUAGUUGUAUGUCAGUUGACAAAAGUACAGUUUACACUGGUCAUUCACUGUAUGCCUGUAUCUGUUAGUGUGCAUUUCAGUGCGGAAUGAGUGGAAAGUGGGGAAAAAAGCUGCCUAGUUUAUAAAUGAAAAUGGUGAAAUGUAUCCCAGACAUUAGGAAGACACCAGUAUACACUCAAGUGGCUACUACUAUAUUCCACCACUGUACAGGCUCACUGGUGCAUGCAAAAUUAUUUUUUUGCCCAUGCUUGGUCUCUCAGCAUCUGCCUUACUCUUGCCUUCUGUUUCCUUUGUGUGAGGUAUAUUUGGGUUUCUACUGUAGAAAAGUCCCCCCACAAUCUUAAUUUCAUUAUCUCUCUAUCUGAUGUUUGGUGUAAACUGUACAUAUUUCGAUAAGUGUCUUGAAUGUGUCUUGCUGUUUGUACUGCAUACGCUCUUGUGCAAAGAGGAGGUGUAACACAGGUGGCUCUAGCUUUUUUUUUUUUUUUUUCUUCUCUCCCUUGGUCAAUAAAAGCACCAAAAGCCAAAAUAUUUCUUACCCUGCCCCCCUUUGUACCUUUUCUUUUACUUUUUGUGCUUGAUUUACUCAUGUAAUAAUUGACCUGGAAAUAAAAUAUUUCUGCCAGUUUAUAAACAAAAAUAAAGAGUUUAUAUUAUA